GAGAAGUUUAAUUAUAAGGUAGUUAAAGAGGACAAAUAAGCGCGCGAACUUCGCAUCGCCAUUCUCUUCUCAUCAGCUGCCAACAUUCUCCUAAUCUGGUGUAAUUUUCUCUCUCCAUCUCCGGUGAGUCUCAUGACGAAACUGUUAGAACCCAUUUCACAUCAUUGUCCAAACAUGAUGAAUUCGCUCAAAAUCUUGAGUUUCUUUGGUGAAUCUUAAGUGGAUCAGUAGAUAAUCUUCUUGGAUCACCGAAGAAAUAUCAACAAAUCGAAGUAUCGAGCAAAUAUAUUUUCAAGAUCAAGAAGGGAAAACACACACGAACACUCGGGAUAAAGUUGUAAUCUGUUCAUUAUUUUUUCUGGGAAGUUGAUGUUUGGGCGGAGAAGAAAAGUGCAUUGGCAUCAUCUAUGAAGACAAUACGAAUGGUUGGGACAAUAAGUAGGUUUAUUCGGUGGAAACCCAAUAUUUGUUUCAGAUGGAAUGGCAGAUCCUGCUAGUUAUGGCAACCCUGACCGUGACAUUGAUCAGGCACUUAUUGCUUUGAAGAAAGGAACACAACUAAUCAAGUACAGCCGAAAAGGGAAGCCUAAGUUUUGUACAUUCAGACUUUCUCCAGAUGAAACAACAUUAAUCUGGUACUCACAUGGAGCAGAAAGGAAUUUGACGUUAUCAUCUGUUUCACGGAUUAUUCCUGGACAGAGAACCCCUGUAUUUAAAAGAUAUUUACGCCCAGAAAAGGACUACUUGUCAUUUUCGCUGAUAUAUAAUAACGGCGAAAGAUCACUUGAUCUGAUCUGCAAGGACAAAGUCGAAUCUGAGGUUUGGCUUGCUGGCCUGAAGGGGUUAAUAUCAACGAGCCAACCACGUGGUCGGCAUACUAAAAGUGAAGAUUAUGAUUUACACAGUAGUGAGAGCUCUCAAGAUAAUCGCCCUUUUGGAACAACACUAGAUUUUGUGUCGAGUCUUCCCCGUGGCAGAAUCUCCACAGAUUCCACUUCCCAGGAUAGCUUCAAUAGUUCAAGCUCACAUGUGGGGCCUGAAUGUGCAAUCAUGCAACCAAGAACUAGCAAUGCAGAUGGUUUUCGAAUUAGUGUAUCGAGUGCUCCUAGUUGUUCAAGUCAGAGUUCUGGCCUAGACGACAUAGAAUCACUUGGUGAUCUUUAUCUUUGGGGGGAGAUUUGGUCCGAUGGAGUGGCAACAGAUGGUACUGGGAUUCCAAUUCCCAUAAAAAUUGACGUUCUAACUCCUAAACCAUUGGAGACAAAUAUAGUACUUGAUGUACAUCAAAUUGCUUGUGGAGUUCGCCAUGUUGCUCUUGUCACGAGGCAAGGUGAGGUUUUUACUUGGGGAGAGGAAUCUGGGGGCCGACUGGGUCAUGGGAUCGAAAAGGACUUUACUCGUCCUCGACUGGUUGAAUUUUUGGCUGUGACAAACAUUGAUUUUGUUGCGUGUGGUGAGUUUCAUACAUGUGCCCUGUCAGCAUCUGGUGAUUUAUACACUUGGGGCGAUGGUACCCAUAAUGUGGGACUUCUCGGUCAUGGUAAUCAUGUUAGCCACUGGAUACCAAAACGAGUCUCCGGACCUUUAGAAGGCCUGCAAGUUUUAUCAGUUGCAUGUGGCACUUGGCAUUCAGCUUUAACAACAUCUGCUGGACAAUUGUUCACAUUUGGCGACGGUAAGUUUGGAGCUCUAGGCCAUGGCAACCGUAUAAGCAUUUCAUAUCCAAAGGAGGUCCAAUCAUUACGCGGGCUGAAAGCUAUUGUUGUCUCUUGUGGCAUAUGGCAUACCGCUGCUAUUUUAGGGGUUACAAACCAGACUAAUGCAAACAUUUUAUCCAAAAAGCUUUUCACCUGGGGCGAUGGUGAUAAAAAUCGGCUAGGUCAUGGGAACAAGGAGACAUACCUUCUUCCGACUUGCGUCUCGGCCCUUAUUGAUUACAACAUCCAUCAGCUAGCAUGUGGGAAUAAUAUGACUGUUGCCCUUACCACAUCCGGCCAUGUCUUCACUAUGGGAAGCAACGCGUAUGGUCAGCUGGGCAACCCACAGUCUGACGGAAAGUUGCCUAGUUUAGUGCAAGAUAGAUUGGUGGGGGAAUUUGCUGAACAAAUUUCAUCUGGUGCAGAUCACAUUGCAGUCCUCACGUCGAGAGGUGAAGUUUUCACCUGGGGUCGAGGAGCCAAUGGGAGACUAGGACAUGGGGAUGCUGAAGAUCGCAAUGUUCCAACAUUAAUCGAAGCUCUCAGAGACAAGCAUGUGAGGAAUAUUGCGUGCGGGUCGAGCUACACAGCAAGUAUAUGCAUCCAUAAGUGGGUUUCUGGAGCAGAUCAAUCAGUUUGCACAGCGUGCAAACAAGCUUUUGGUUUUACUCGGAAACGACAUAAUUGCUAUAAUUGUGGACUGGUGCAUUGCCAUGCUUGCAGCUCCAAAAAAGCAAUGAGAGCGGCUCUUGCCCCAACUCCAGGAAAACCCCACCGAGUCUGUGAUUCUUGUUAUCUGAAACUUAAAAAGGCAGUUGAGGCUGGAAAUGCAGGAACUACCAAUCGACGAGCAUCAAUUCAUCGUACUUCGAUGGAUAUCACGAUGAGGCUAGAUCGAGGCGAGGCAAGAACUUCACGAGUUUUGCUUUCCCCGACUGUGGAACCAGUUAAGUACCUUGAAAUCAAGUCGGGAAGUGCUGGAGCAAAGUCAGAUAACUAUUCAAUAGUUCGUGCUUCCCAAGUUCCAUCUCUUUUACAACUAAAGGAUAUUGCUUUUCCAAGUUCACUUAGUGCUCUUCAAUAUGCUCUAAAGCCUGUGAUCACGUCAUCGCCACAGCCUCAGCAGCCCUAUCCACAACACCAGUCCAACUCAAGACCUGCUUCCCCAUACUCAAGAAGACCAAGUCCUCCACAUGCUGCUCCGGUAUUCUCAAGGGGUGUUAUCGAUACUUUAAAGAAGACAAAUGAUCUUUUAACGCAAGAGGUUUCCAAGUUGCGUGGCCAGGUUAAGAGCUUAAAACAGAAAAGCGAAGUUCAAGAUGCAGAAAUUCAGAUGUUGAAGAAGACCGGUGAGGAAGCUGCUGCAUUGGCUGCAGAAAGAUCUUCUAAGUGUAUUAGAGCAAUGGGAGCCGUCAAGACCAUCUCUGAUCAAUUGAAGGAAAUUACAGACAAGUUGCCUACUGAGACAUCUGAGAGUGAAUCUCUUAAAAGCGCGCAUGCUCAAGUUGAAUCUUUUCUGGAAAAAUUUGGGGCUCAAGUAUCUGAAGAUAAUGCUGCUUUCCAACCUGGAGCAACAAAUGAGCAACAGAAUCAUUUCCACAGUGUUGUGGUUCAGGACAUGUCACAGAAUGUCGAUGGCGCUCCACGAGAGAACAAUGGAACAUUUGUUUCUCAUGCAAAAGCUACAAAUCCUUCAACCACAGAAAAUGGCUCUGCGACUUCUCAAAGUGAAAAAAUUGAGGGACAAAAGGAAGUCAUCGAACAGUUUGAACCAGGUGUUUACGUGACAGUCAUUCAACUCCCAAACGGGACCAAGAUCUUCAAGCGAGUUAGAUUCAGCAAGAGAAGGUUUGCGGAGCAACAGGCGGAAGAAUGGUGGAAAGAAAACAAAGAUAGAGUACUGAAAAAGUACAGUCCUCCAAAACCAAACACGAGAACGCCAUCAGAAGCAAUAGUUGCAGCUCAGCCACCAGCCGACGAUGCUAACCAGGCAACACCCAAGGAAAACAAUGACGCCGCACAAUUUUCUUAGGAUAGAGGGAAUACUUAGCUAGAUAUAUAUAGAUAUGGCUGUUAAUCUACAUUCAGAAUUCUGAAUCUUAGAGAACCCACAAUUCUUGUUUUCCUAGGCAGGUUGCCUUCAACAGAAUGUUUCUUUAUCAAUUGGAGAAAGGAAAGAAAAAUAAUGCUGUUGAAAAUUUUUCUAGUUUC